AUGUGGCUUUACCUCAAAGAUAAAUUCAUGAUUUCAAAUGAGGCCUGGCAUGAAAUUGCCAUUAAGGCUAAUGAUCUCCCCAAUAUAUAUUCCAUCAAGAAGCGAAUUAAUGAGCUAAACAGUGAAUGGAACUUGAAACCAACACCAGGAGAUGCUGAAGGUGUUCAGUUAGGAUUUGCAGAAAGCUUGCAAAAGCACAUUGUUAGGCUUCAGAAGAAUGGAGAAAUCAAUGAUGGAGAAACUAUUAAGAUCAAGCUUAGUGGUGAUGGUACAAAUAUUGGAAAGGGGCUUACAGUUGUCAACUUCACUUUCACUAUUCUCCAUGAAAAGGAUGUGGCAAUGGGUGAGAAGGGAAAUUAUAUACUUGCUGUUAUAAAAACUACAGAGACAUGAUAAUCUGAGAGACAGCCUAGUAGACCUUCGAAUGGAAAUGUCAAACUUAAAGGAGAUAAGUGCAAAUAAUUGCACCUAUAAAAUUGAAUACUUUUUACGUGGAUAUUUGAAAUUUUUAGCACUGUAA